AUGGUCUUCCAUUUUCUGUUGCUACGGAAUCUUGAGAUCUGGCUCACCACGCGGCUCCUUCGCAGUCCGGUGUUCCAUCGCAUGGUGGGGCGAGUGCACCAGAAAGUUCAACAUGUCCGACAUGGAAUCCCUCCCGAAGAGAUGGGAGGCACGCGGCAGGAGAAGAAUGGUCCCGGUCUGAAGCAGUUUUUCGCAUAUUUCAAAGAAGAAAUUCGGGAUCAGAUGAAGGGCAACCCUCCGAACAAACUAUGA